AUGGUGGGCGACCUCGGAAUUCUCUUUGACAAGCUUACGCUACCAGCUCUGAAUGAUCUUUUGCUCUCUGAAGUCCACUGGUCCUUUCCCAACAUUACCCCUGUGUACAUCAGCCACUGGCCACAAUCCCAGUUCCUUGCAUUCCUCCUUCGUUCUGUGUGCACCGUCAAACACCUCAUUAUACAAGAGUGCGAUAUCUCUGCGGAGGAGAUGCUGGAGUGCCUUGCACACCCUCAAAUAUCAACAUGGUUGGAUUCGCUGUCCAUCACAGAGGAUCAUCAAAGGCAUUUAUGCGUGACGGAGGAGGUGUUGAGGCAGUUGACGUAUACCACCUUCACAGAAAAGGUUCUGCAUAGUGGGGACGAUCUGCCAGCGGAGGAGACCAUUACUGAGACACUCUGUCUGAAUCUCAGCACCAUCAAGCUAUGGGGAUGCAUUUCUGCCCAGGAUGGGAGAGUGGCGGAUAUGGUUGAGUCGAGGUGGUCAUCGGCUGAGAAUUGCCCCGUUAAGCAAUUGAAGAUGGCGGUCAUUGGGCUUUUCGCUAAUGCAUGUCAUAUGGAGGAUUGGGCUCGGUUGCAGGCGUUGCACUGGAAGAGGUUUGGGAUCACGUAUCUUCGACUUUAA